GGAAACUCCAAUAACAACAAAGAUCUAAGCCAUCUUAUUCAAAUGUGUCACCUUAAAUCUUCUCUUAUAUAACUUCUCCUUCUUCACCAUUACUCUCACUCUCUUCUUCUCCAAUCAAAUCUCACUAUAUUUCUGCAAAAUGGGUGAUGUUGAAGCUGAUGCCGAUAUGGACGCUGUCCAACGCCGUCUCAUGUUUGAAGACGAAUGUAUUUUGGUGGAUGAGAAUGACCAGGUUGUUGGUCAUGACACCAAGUACAAUUGUCAUUUGAUGGAAAGGAUUGAAUCUUUGAAUUUGCUGCACAGAGCUUUCAGUGUAUUUCUUUUCAACUCGAAGUAUGAGCUUCUUCUUCAGCAACGAUCUGCAACAAAGGUAACCUUUCCUUUGGUGUGGACGAACACAUGCUGCAGCCAUCCGCUCUACCGAGAGUCUGAGCUAAUUGAGGAGAAUGCUCUUGGAGUAAGAAACGCUGCACAAAGGAAGCUUCUUGAUGAAUUGGGUAUUCCAGCUGAACAUGUCCCUGUUGACCAGUUCACGCCAUUGGGCCGUAUGCUUUACAAGGCACCAUCUGAUGGAAAAUGGGGAGAGCACGAACUUGAUUAUCUUCUAUUCAUCGUCCGUGAUGUUAAUGUGAACCCGAACCCAGAUGAAGUUGCUGAUAUCAAAUAUGUGAACCAAGAACAACUGAAAGAGCUUUUGAGGAAAGCAGAUGCAGGUGAGGAAGGUUUGAAGCUAUCCCCUUGGUUCAGACUUGUCGUCGACAACUUCUUGUUCAAGUGGUGGGACCAUGUUGAGAAGGGGACUAUCCAGGAAGCUGCUGAUAUGAAAACUAUUCACAAGUUGACUUAGGAGCCAAACUUCAACAUGUCAACAAAAAUACAUUCCUAUUCCUUUACGCCGAUAAACUUGGCAGUAAUAUUCUCAAGCUUUCCUUUUGCAUCCCUAUGUUUGUUGUCUCUGUGAGAAAUAGAACAGAAGUAUUUUUGAAUUGAUCAGAACUUGUAACAUAGAUUUGUCACUGUUGAAUCUGAAUAAACUAGCUUCUUGCUUUGUGCUUGGGAAAU